UUUAGUCAUCCGUAGACGCAACACAUGUAUUAGCAGUUAUAUUGACACGUUUUAGGAUUAUGUUACUCUUUUUUCUAUGGACAAGAUUAAUGUGAUAAUUACUACUCUUCUUCAUGUGUGGGCCUGUAGUAAAUAGGGAACAAAGCAGGUUUUUUUUUUUGUUUUUUUUUUUACAGACCAGACUGCUGUCUGUCAGGGUUAAGGGUCUUUUGCCCCCUAACAGUCCUGUCUGACAAGCAGAUAAAACAGCUGACCCCCCCUUUCUGCAGGCUGCUCCACCUCACCACCAAGGUCAGUGUCAGCAAAUCCCACCCUAAAAAUAGCUCAGCUUCCACUAGCAAGUUUUUCAGAGUGGCUCAGUCAGUCUGGGGUCUACAGAGUGCUCAGGAGUUGAUUUGAUUAGGUGGAUAGACAACUGCACAUAGGUAAGAUAUUCUAGUGCUUUCUACAUUUCUGAGAAGCCUUAGUGGCCAUCCUUGGAAAGAUACAGAGAAGUGAUUUCCUACUUGAUGCAUGCGCCAUACAGAGACUACAAAACCAUUUGCCUAUGCCGAUUGCCCAAGCAAGAAUGCCUGCUGACACCAUUAACCAGAAGAUGACCAAUGCAUAUGCAGCAGUGGCUGUGGAUCCAGAUACAGGAUAUUGCACUCCUGGAGCAUUUGAGCUAGAAAGAAUAUUUUGGCAUGGUCCAGCCAAACAUAGCCAUGUUGAUGAAGUUUUCCCCAACCUGUAUAUUGGUGAUGAAAAAACUGCUCUGGACCGCUAUGGGUUGGAGAAAAGUGGUUUCACGCAUAUUGUCAAUGCCGCACAUGGGCGCUGGAAUGUGGAUACAGGGGCAGAGUAUUACAGUGAUAUGGACAUAGAGUAUUAUGGGGUGGAAGCAGCAGAUCUACCCAGCUUUAACCUUAGUCAGUUUUUUUACCCUGCAGCUGAAUUCAUCCACAAGGCUCUUAACAAGUCAAACAGUAAAGUGUUAGUUCAUUGUGCUAUGGGCCGAAGCCGCUCAGCCUCCCUUGCCCUGGCUUACCUGAUGAUCUAUGAAAAAAUGACAGUUGUUGAUGCAGUUACACAAGUUCUGAAACAUCGCUGUAUCCUUCCCAAUCGGGGUUUCCUGAAGCAACUACGGCAGCUGGACAUUGAGCUCGCUUUAGAGAGGCGAGCUGCACGGGAUGCUGAAAAUGGUUUUGACAAGAAUGAAUGACACUAAUAAAACAGAUCCAAUAAUCCAAAAUUACAGUUUGUGAUGGAUAUCUCAAAUUCAGUUUAGUUUCUUCUUUGAUCUGCAUCAAGUGUCUCCCAUUAUACAGGUUGUGACCUCUUGUUCAGUCCUCUACAGAAGCUGGCCUAGUACUUCUUAUUCUGUUAUCAUUCAAGUUUUCUUUCAAAGCAACUAAAGCACAGUAUUCAAACAAUUUAUAAAUGUGCAAUAUGUUCCUGCAAAUUUUUUAAGCUAGGGUUUAUUCAGAUGUAUUAGGGAUGUGCCUGGGAAGCCAUAUAUUAAGCAUAAAAAAAUGGGCAUGAAGUGUUUGAUGAAAUGAUGGGAUUUGUCUCGAGCCAUAGCCUGUUAAGGGUGUUGAAGAAAGAUGCUUUAGACUACCUGUUCCAAUUCACAUAAUUCUAAGAGAGUAUGUUUACCAAUAGUCUUACAGAAAAGAUUUCUGCUGCUUCUUGCUAUCGUAGUAAUGGGAUGCCAAGGGGGAACUAAGCAGGUUUGCUAAAGAUAGCUCUGCAUAUACUAAACAAUGUAGGGAAAUGAAAGGUAUCUUAACUUUAUUUAUAUAAUUGUUUAUACUUCAAAUGUAGCAUGAAGCUCCCUUUAUGUUUUUUGAUGUUUACAAAAGUUUUCUAUAGCAUUAAUAAAUAUGAUCUUAC